AGGAAACCACACCCCUAUAAUUUUCCCUUUUAAAUUUUUAGCGGGACGCCAUUGUCGACUGCCUUAUACAAACCUAAUAAACCAAUCGGCAAAAGCUUGCGUUACUUUCGACCCCUCUCACUCAUCGGCAAAGCUCGCGUUACUUUCGAUCCCCCUCUCUCUCUCAAAUGCUGUAACUCGCGGGAGGUUUUUGUUUUCUCCCGCUCUGCCAUUUCCCGCUUUCGCCUUUUCCAUUUUAGCUGCAGGAGUUUGUGAGCGAAUAUACGAUGGCCAAUGCAGCCCAGGUUCCAACUGGUUUUGGGCAUGAACUGAGGGCCUGUCUUCGAUGCAGACUUGUGAAAACAUAUGAUCAGUUUAGAGAAAUGGGUUGUGAGAAUUGCACUUUCUUUAACAUGGAUAAGGAUCAUGAACGAGUUGUAGAUUGCACUACUCCCAAUUUUAAUGGGAUUAUUUCUUGCAUGGACCCAACAAAAAGCUGGGCAGCUCGAUGGUUGAGAAUUUCAAAAUUUGUUCCUGGUUGCUAUACACUUGCUGUUUCAGAGCAACUCUCAGAUGAAAUGCAGAAUGUCUGUGAAGACAACAACGUGCCAUAUGUUCCACCAAAGCGCAUCUGAAAUAAUCGGGCAAUGCAGGACAAAGGUUAGGCAUGGCUUCUUCUCUUUGCAAGGUUUAUUCUUGGAGUGAAAGCCUGCAUAAUGGGUGGCUUUAUUUGUAUAUAUUUUACAAAUAUAUGGACUUCAAAAGGGAAAAUACAAGGCAAAGGGAUAUUUAGUUAUCAAAGAAAAAAGCAUACGACUUUGAUCCAUGGUAUUUUUCCUAAUACAUCCAUGGAAAUAGCUGUUGGCAUGUGUCUCGACGAAAGCAAGGCUCUAUUUUGUAGAUACGAUCAGGGUCAUAACAAUCUUGAUCGCCUUGCAUAUUCAUUGGAAAACUUAUGGUUAUGGAGGUCUUUUAACUAGCAGCACGUAGCCUUGAUGUUAGAGAUCGCAUUAUAAUAUGCC